AUUACAUGCUUGACCACAGAGUCUCUCUAAAAUAUAAUGCUGCCGCUCACAUGGUAGACCAAAAUAGAAUAGUCUGUUUGGAUGGCCGCCCAGCUGAAACCAAGCUCCGCUGACUGACUGACAGAGGGAUGUGGGCUUUUUUCUCCCUAAGAAAAACCUUAAGGUCACAAAUCCUCACAAAAGACUUUAAGGCAGCUGCUUCCAGUUGAACUCCCAGUACCUCAGUUGUGCUGCGAGGAGAGAGGAGCUCAAGGGCAGUGGCAGAGGCUCUCCCCACGACUAUGAAAACUUCAGAGCUCACUUAACCUUGACAACAGUAACCUGAGGGUGCUGUGCUGAACUGGACACAAAUCAAAUGGCUAGUCCUCAGAUCUCAAGGGUGGCCACCCCUGAAAGCUCCAGAAUGGCCACCCCUCCAAGCUCCAGAAACAGUAGCUCUGUUUCAUCAUCUCCCAUGAACAGGAUGCAGUCUCUCCAGGUGGACUCGGUGCAGCGCUGGAUGGAGGACCUGCGUCACAUGACGGAGGUGGAGUGCAUGUGCGUGCUGCAGGCCAAGCCUAUCGGCGUGGAGGAGGACGCUCAGGGCGAGCUCAUCGUGGCUACAGGGGACCACGUGGCCCGAGACAACCUGCAGACCCUGCUGCGUCGGGCGCUGGUGGUCAGCACUGACUUGGGCAAGAUGUUCCAGCGGCUGGAGAAGGGGCGCUGGCAACGGGUCCACAGCGCAGCAGUCCGGGCCAACUGCCACGUCCGCUCGCUGGUACAUGAGUACGGCGCCGCCCGCAACACCCCCGCAGAGAUGCAGAAGUAUGAGAAGUCUUUGCUUGAGAAGUGCAUGGAGUUGACGAGCAUAACGGAGAGAUGCCUUCAUACUGAGGAUGAGUUCUUCCUGAAGUCUAUGAGGGAGGCCAUUCAUGAGAUCCUCACCGAUGUUAGUGAUUCGUUCAGCCACAUGAUUGACAUGGCCCUGGCCAAUGAGAUCCAGGUCUUGAUCAGGCAGAUUGAGUCGUCAGACAGUGUGUACACUAUUGGUAGUGCCAUCAGCAACCUGCUGUCCCUAACUCAGGACGGCCCUCAGUUAUGCAGCAUCAUCGCCAAGGAGGGUGCUGUGGUGGCCCUGUUUAAGAUCUGCCGGCAGGACUGCUUCAGUGAUCUCUACGCACACGCCCUGAGGACGGUGGCCUCCAUAUGCUGCGUGGAGGAGGGCAUAAACCAACUGGAGAAGGUGGACGGGAUCCUGUGCCUGGCUGACAUCCUAACAGAUGAGAACAGCGUUGAGGCGGCGAGAGCCGAGGCCGCGGCGGUGGUGGCCCAGAUCACCUCGCCCCACCACACCUCCACCCAGCACCUGGGCAGCUUUCUGGAGAGCAUGCAGGACAUCGUCACCGCCCUCAUUAAGCUGUGCGACAGUGCCUCCUGUGGUGAGGUCUUCCUCCUGGCGUCUGCUGCCCUUGCCAACAUCACUUUCUUUGACAGCAUGGCCUGUGAGAUCCUGCUCCAGCUUAACGCCAUUCACAUCCUCUUCCAGGCCUGCAAAGACCGACAGAGAGUGGAUACUCCCUACUCUAAAGACCAGGUGGUGACCAUCUUGGCAAACCUCUCAGUUUUGGAACAGUCUGCAUCUGAAAUCCUGCAAGAGAAGGGUAUUGAGAGACUUCUCCAGUUUCUGGGUGAGAAGCCGUCCUCGUCCAGUCCAUCGGAGGGCGCUGCGUGCGAACGUGUCCAGCAGAAAGCGGCCGUCACAUUGGCCCGUCUGAGCAGAGACCCUGAUGUGGCCCAAUCAGCCAUCCAGCUCCAAGCUGUUCCACGUCUCAUUGCACUGUGCCGUUCACCAGCGGAGAGGAACGACAGCGACUCUGUGCUGGUUGCCUGUCUAGCUGCCCUGAGGAGGCUCGCAGCAGGGUGUCCAGACAGCAUCGAGGCCGCCGACCACCAGCAGCUGAUCAAGCCCAGACUGGUGGACUCUUUCCUGCUGUGCUCCAACAUGGAAGAGAGCUUUGUAUGAGAAGGUCCAGAGCAGAGUGAAACCGACCACUCAAAACAGGGCAGGGUUGAUAAAAGUGAAUCCCUACAUCCCACAGCACGCCUGUACAUGGAAACCAAUCUGAAUGUGUAACGCAAAGACCGUGGGUGAUGGAAAUGUAAAAACUGACCAGAAAUGAAUCAAAAUCUGUUUGAAGGUUACAAUACUGUGGAUGUCAGAAAUUCAUAUUCAGAGACAAUGAAUCAUGAAUACUUACAAAAUGUACAUUUCAGUUUGUCCAAUUUAUCAGUUUCUGUCUAUUUUCAAUUAUUUGUGUCAGCUGCCAAUUCAAUGGGUUGUUGUAAGCAGAAAAUAAUUUGUUGUUACCUACAAAUUAUAAUUUGUAUAAAUAAUUAAUUUUGGUGAAAAUACACAUUAACGUAUUUAAACAGUUAUCUAAUUUCACUUCCUAGUUCAGGAGACUUCAGCUGCUGCUUGGAGUAUAAGGAAACCUCUGUAGUUGGGUAAGCUAGAAACAAAGUGCUUUAAAAGCGUUAAUAUUUUACCUAUAUUUUACAUUGUUGUCUUGGAUCUCAAACAUUGGAUUUUCUGCUAAGAAACCACAAGGGUUAUUGACCACAGGAUCUGUGGUGAAUCCAGUUUUUAAUUUUUUAUUUAAAAAACAUACAAAAUGUUAAAUCAAUUAGUAUUAUAUUGUAUGGCAUGCAUAUACUGUAAUAAAGAUAAGCAUACCUUAAAAUGAAAGCUUUUUGUUGCUAACAAGAAAAGUGUCGCCUCAAAACUACACCUCCACUGGAACUUCACUGCUGUACUAAAUGUGACCAGACAAAACUAAGCCAAAACAUGAACAGUGAGACCAUGUCAAAGGAGACGACUGUUCAAUAAUCGAUGAUGCCUUGCGUCCCUUCGUAAGGCCUAAUGAGGACCCAGAGUCUGCAGCCAUGCCCAUCUCACGAGAGGCGCUACACUGCCUACAUCU